UUUGGAUGAAACUACAAAAUGUUCUGCCCAGGAUGAAAUGUAUAAAAUUUGAUGCUGGGACCCUCCUCCUUAGUACACACCGACUGAUUUGGAGAGAUCAGAAAAAUCAUGAGUGCUGCAUGGCCAUUCCUUUGUCCCAAAUUGUGUUCAUCGAGGAGCAGGCAGCUGGAAUUGGGAAGAGUGCCAAAAUAGUGGUUCAUCUGCACCCGGCUCCUCCUAACAAAGAACCCGGCCCUUUCCAGAGUAGUAGGAACUCUUACAUCAAACUCUCCUUCAAAGAGCAUGGCCAGAUUGAGUUUUAUAGGCGUUUGUCGGAGGAAAUGACACAGAGAAGAUGGGAGAAUAUGCCAGUUUCCCAGUCACUGCAAACAAAUAGAGGACCUCAGCCAGGAAGAGUAAGGGCUGUUGGAAUUGUAGGUAUUGAAAGGAAACUGGAAGAAAAAAGAAAAGAAACUGACAAAAAUAUUUCUGAGGCCUUUGAAGACCUCAGCAAGUUAAUGAUCAAGGCUAAAGAAAUGGUGGAAUUAUCAAAAUCAAUUGCUAAUAAAAUUAAAGAAAAGCAAGGUGACAUUACAGAAGAUGAGACCAUCAGGUUUAAGUCCUACUUGCUGAGCAUGGGAAUAGCUAACCCAGUUACCAGGGAAACCUACGGCUCAGGCACACAGUACCACAUGCAGCUGGCCAAACAGCUGGCUGGAAUAUUACAGGCGCCUUUAGAGGAGCGAGGGGGAAUAAUGUCGCUCACAGAGGUGUACUGUUUAGUAAACCGAGCUCGAGGAAUGGAAUUGCUCUCUCCAGAAGAUUUAGUAAAUGCGUGCAAGAUGCUGGAAGUACUGAAAUUACCUCUCAGGCUCCGGGUGUUUGACAGUGGAGUCAUGGUAAUUGAGCUUCAGUCCCACAAAGAAGAGGAAAUGGUGGCCUCAGCCCUGGAGACAGUUUCAGAAAAGGGAUCCCUAACAUCAGAAGAGUUUGCUAAGCUUGUGGGAAUGUCUGUUCUCCUGGCCAAGGAAAGGUUGCUGCUUGCAGAAAAGAUGGGCCAUCUUUGCCGAGAUGACUCAGUGGAAGGCUUACGGUUUUACCCAAAUUUAUUUAUGACACAGAGCUAAGGGUUUUGCAUUUGAAAUGUGUCCAUACACUUGUACCAUGUAGCAAUUGUAUGACAUUGAGCUAACAGGUAAAACCCUAUAAACAGAAUUCAAUAGAACUUCACAGUAUAAUAUGUAACAUAUUAUAUUACUGGAAGCUUAUUUAGGAUGUGUAAAGAAAAUACAGAAAAAUGAAUGCUAGUAUGAAUUUAAAGUCAUGCUAUAUCUGUGCAGAUCCUUCAGAGUUUAAUUUGAAACAUGGUGGGUUUUAACUUGAUCCCUAUAGCUAACCACUUUGUAGAGAAUUUAAAUUCUUGGGGGAAGAAGAGAAGCAGCUGCAUGUCUGAACAGGUUAGAUUAUUAUUUUGGUGUUCAAUGAAUUAAAAAUGUUUUUCUCUGUGUCUGAUAUGCCCAUUUGGGGCAGGGGGUGCAUGAAGGAGGUGAUUGCUACAGGGUAGUUUAAGAAUCCAACAAUACUGGAACAAAAUAUGAAACUACAGAAUGCUGUACAAAGCUCAACUAAGGGCUUUUCAAAGCAGUCCUAAGAAUGUCUUCAACAGAGUAAAUAGCACACCUUUAGAAAAGGAUUGGUAGGGUGUGUGUUCCAUCCUCAGCAUAGGAAAAAAAAAAGACCUAUAAACUCCAACUAGUUUCUUUUUAUUUAUUUUUUUUUAGUGAUGAUUUCAUGGCUGGCAUUUAAAGAAUGCAGCUAUAUAAUUUUGUUUAAAAAAUGCUGUGGAUUUUGAAGGUAGAUUAAAGAACUGUAUAGACAUGCCCAGAGUUAUGAUUACAGAUUUGGGAGGCAGACAGCUAGGAAUUCCCUAGGAUUGUUGUGCAAGUUGUACAGGAGAAACCAACUUCACAGGAACCUUAGCGCUUUUUUACCUGGAAGCCAAGGAUGAGAAAUAGAAAAAUAAUAUAGCUCCUUUGCUCUCUCUUAGAAGAAUCUUAACACUGAACUUUAAAAAUCUUUGUAAUAUUCCAGCAAUAUUAUAUUCUUUGCCCUAUACAUUGUACAUUUUGUAGAGAAACUAUCUUGGUAAAACAUGUUACUGAGAAAAUAUAAACUGGCUAAUAUCACCUGCAGAUUGCUUGAAUUUUAAAGUAGACUGCUGACUUCAUAUGUUACUAUUCUCCAGUGUACAUCGUGUUGGCAUUACUCAUACUCAGGGACCCACAGGACAUACAGGAACUCCCUUUCUGAGACUGAUUUGGGAGUAGAAAGGAAGUGGUGGUUGUUGCCAAGCCUCUGGAAGGGAUAGUAUCUGUACCGAGGGAGCCAGGGGACCCGGGGAGGGAUGCCCAGCUGUAUACUCUGGGACCUGUAAGACAGGGUUUCACUCAGUAAGGUGAAAGCCAUGCAGGGCCACUGCAGAUGCCCUCUGGGGAAGUGCUGAGGUCCUCAGCCACAGAGCCAGGGUGUCCCAACCCUGGUCCCUUUCUGAACAGUGGCUGUUUCUGCUUUGUGCCCUCCAUUGUCACAUGAAUGCUGGGGCCAAGGCAUUCUGCUUUAGUCUUCACUUUCCAUACCUGUUACUGACUUUAUUGUGGUGACAAAUCCCCUAAUUACCUCAUUGCUCAGCCUCAGGUUUAUUUGGGGGAUAAUUCAGUGAGUGUCUGGCUGCCCAUUAGACCAUUGUGUAAGUUUGUUUGUCUGAAUUGCCUCUUUCUGGGUUGCACACACUGUCACAUGGCUCUGGCAGACUUGCACACCCAUACAUGUGUGCACACACAAGACACACCCAUCAUAUCUGGCUAAGCUUCCUGAAAUUAACAGAGAUAAAGGAUCUUGUUUCACCAGUUGAAAUCAUUGCAAGGUCAUUGGAGCUGCUGGAUCUAGCUCUAAUGGAUUGGAUUCAUUAUACCAAACCUACAUAAAUCAGCAUAUUUAUUUACUUUAGUGCGGCAACAAAUUAACAAAAAUGGGGCAGUCUGAGUUACAUAAAGAGGACUAAAGAGGAAGAAAAAUGACAUAUGAAUAUAAUUUGCAAAUGUCACAUAAUUUAAAAAAUAUGA